AUGACCCCCCAUAAGUCUAGAAUCUCGUCCUCGGUCACGAACAAGAACCAUAACUGCUCUUUCUGCACUGAAUUAAGAGUCAGAGAUGAUGAAACUGGCAAUUAUUUGUCUAAUGAUCUCAGGCUGCUAUGCUGUUCCACAGGACAUGUCGGGGAAGUGAUCAUCUUCCCAGUGGAAUCCAACACUGCCCACGUGAAAGUGACUCCUGCGCUCAACAAGAUAUUCUUCUCUGUGACAGUGUGUCUGAGGUUCCUCUCAGACUACAACAAGGAACAGGCUCCGUUUUCUUUGGCCACUCCAUCACACGCUGACGGCUUUGUAUUCUUCAGAGGGGAUGGUAGGUAUAGGCUGUACAUCGGAGACAAGGGCGUCUUCUUCUACGGUCUGCCGACUGGGCUGAACCAGUGGCACUCCGUCUGCGUGACCUGGGACAGUGGCACAGGUCUGGCUCAGAUUUGGGUGAAUGGAAGACCGAGCGCGAGAAAAGCGCUUCAGGCUGGCGCGUCGAUCGCAGGAACCCCAAGCAUCAUGCUCGGUCAAGACCAAGACGCGUACGCGGGUGGAUUUCACGUGUAUGACGCAUUUUAUGGACACGUUACUGAUGUUCACAUGUGGGACACCGUGCUUUCUCCCAGCGAAAUUAAGGACUAUAUGAAAUGUGUAAUUUCAAGGCCAGGCAAUGUUGUCGACUGGACUAACAUGGAGUAUUCUAAGCAUGGUUACGUGAUUGUUGAGCCGAAGCAAACCCUAACCUGCCCCGAUUCAGAAGUAGCCUAACCAAGCCCACUUCAAAGGCUGGCUGUCAAGUCACUGAGUAUUCAAAAACUGACUCUGAUUCUUCCAAUGUAUAUAACUAUUUAGCAGGCUUGUGUUCUUGAAUUAAAUGUUGAAGGGAAAACAA